UCCCGAACCCGAAUCCGAACUCGUAUUUGGAUUACAAUUUGAUCUGGAAUACGGGUGGUGUUUUCGCGGCGAAACAUGAGCCAGGAUGCCAGUAGCUGUUCUUCCUCGUCCGUCGCCACCGUCGCCUGCCCCAUCUGCCUCGGCCCUGUUACUCAGGAAUCCUAUUUGGAUCGCUGUUUCCAUAAAUUUUGCUACAACUGCAUUGUGCAUUGGACCAAAGUGGUUGCUGGAAAUCAUUGUCGCCCACUGUGCUCUCUAAGGUGUCCUCUAUGCAAGACAGAAAAUUUUUCUAUCAUACAUGGGUAUGAUGGAAGCUCUUUCCAACGACAUUAUGUUAACCAGGAUAUUGGAAAUAAUUUUUCCCUUUCAAAAGCCCAAAGGUAUAGAUUGCAGUGCUACUACACUGAAUCAGGUGUCUUAAAUGAUAAAUUCAAUGUCUCACAGUAUUGGAAGUCGCAUAAAUAUCUUCAACAAAAUCAGUGGCUCCACAAUUGGUUGGAAAGGGAAAUCCAAGCUUUAACUCAGGAGGAAGAUGUUGACAACAUUGUGCAUCAUGUACUUGGUGUAAUUGACUCAUUCUGGAAAAGAACUGAGCAACUUAGAAGUGCUCCUGAAGAAAAACAAGAAGCCUUCGAGUCUCUGGUCUUAGACGCUGCAAGGCCUUUUUUGACUGGAAGAGCAGAGCGGUUUGUCAAUGAAAUAGAACUAUUCCUUGCCUCAGGAUUGAAUAUAGAAGCUUAUGAUGAAGUUUAUAUGCAACAGCUGGGUUGGAUAACUCCCAAGAUCAAUAGUGAGGAUGCGGAAGGAGAAUCCCAUGAACGCAAGCACUUUGCUCCAUACUUGUAUUUCUUUGAAGAGGACUCCGAUGAAACUGAUUGAACAAUUCUUUGUGAAUUUAAUAAUACUUUGUUUUAUUUUCUUCUUUGUGAACCUUUCAUUCUUUGCUUAUCAGUACUUUCUUAUUGGUGUAAACUUGACUUGUUCCAAAGAAGAAGAGUUAAAUGUGUUAAUGGUUCGCCAAAUUUUUUAUCUUGUAGUUAAAAUGUUUGGAUUAUGGCUGUAUUGAUACUGUAAAAAGGUGGGUUAAUCUUGCUUUUACAAA